GUUUUGUCUAGUACAGUUGGGAAAGAACCACCUUAAAUGGCGUUGACAAAACAAAGAAUUUAAACAACAAUUGUCAAAUAUAGUUAUGUAAAAGAUUUUUAAACGGUGAGGUAAAAAGUGAAAAUACGCAAUUGGAAGUAUAUUCUUUAGAACAUGUCCGCAUUUUUCUUUUAUUCUUUGUCUUAUAUUUUAAUGUCAGGAUGUAUUAUAUAUCCACCUACGGAAUUCGUUUCAGCUGGACUAACCAUAAAAGACAUAUUUUCAAGUUGGUUAGGCAGUGAAAACGAAUUUUUUAUACAAUAUCAUAUAAAAAGAAGUAUAAUUACAUUAUAUGUACAUUCUAUACUUCCCCUUGGUUAUGCUCUUGGUUUAAUUGUAUUUGGACAUGUAGAUGCUAUAAGAUUAUUAUUAGGCCAUAACAAUUUAUGGUUAAUGAUUCUUACUUGUACUAUACUCUUGCCACUCUAUACCUUAUACAAAAUCCUCAUAUGGUCUAUGAAUAAUUGGAGUAAACAUCCUAUAGUCCAAAAUCUUGCACUUUAUUGUAAUAAUAAUAAUAAUAAUAAUAAUAAUAAUAAUACUGUAUCAUGGACUGCAAUAGCUUCUGAUAUCAAUGUAGAAUAUCGAAGAAUAGACAAAAUUAUAAUUACCACAAAUAGCAUAACAUUUAUAAUAGCAACAGACAAUUGGAUAAUUAAAGUUAUGCCUUAUAGAAUAUUUGUUGCACACCAGAGUGACACAGCUUUGGUAGUUAACAAAAGUGACACUCAUGAUAUGUCACCUGUGACAAGGGGAGAAGUUCAGUUUAUUAAUAUUGAGGUAAAGCCUACACGAAUUGGAGCACAAUCUUUUGACAUAAGACUAAAUGCCUUAGAUUUCAAAAAUUUACAAGAUAAAGUUUCACGUCCUAUCACUAUAUUACAAGACAUUACUUUUCAUAAAACCUUACUUGAUAGGUUCAUUGAUAAUUUUAAGGAACAAGUUGAAAAAAAUCCAUUAUAUGAGACUGCAGAAGAAUUAAAUCAAUGUAUUGGAUGUAUGCAAGCACCAUCAAAUGUAAAAUUGUAUAAACUGUGCAGUAGUGGUAUAGGAAAUAGUGGUCCUGAAGAUUGUAUGACGUGUUAUUGUCGUCCAAUGUGGUGCAUAGAUUGCAUGGCAAAAUGGUUUGCAUCAAGACAAGAUGAAAAUGCACCAGAAACAUGGUUGUCUUCUAAAUGUACUUGCCCUGUAUGCAGAGCACGGUUUUGUAUUUUAGACGUAUGUUGUACACUUUGAUAAACUUUGCAUCUGCUAUGAAAUCUCAUUAGUUUUGGACUACCAUAAUUUUUUAUGCAAUUUAUUAUCAUGUAAUAAAUAUUCUCGUAAUUUAUAAAGAAACAUUUUUCUUGUUCAAGAUAUAAAUCUCUUUUAUUUAUAUUUUUAUUUUAAGUAUCAUGUUACAAUAAACAAUAGAGAGAUAAAUUAUUAUACAAUUUUAAGAUGAAGUAUACAAGAUAUGAAUUAACAGCUAUCGAUAUAAAAUAUGUAAUACUUAUUAAAAAUAGCUUAAAAUUUAAACACGCGUUUCAGACGCAAUUAAUGUUAUCUGUCACGUCAAAUAGCAUAAGAUUUUGACAUCAUAGUCACCAAUUUCUUUUGCUCACGUAAUGUUAAUUAAUAAUUGGGAUAUACUACAAAAAUGUAAUAUGUACAUGAUGAUAAUGUGAAUCCGAAAAAUAAUCAAAACUCAACUCUAAAUUCACUUUUCUCAAAAAUAAUGCCUCGUACGGUGCAAUUUUUGUUUAUACUUUCGACUUUAUUUUGCAAAGAAUUAAUAAAAACACUAAAAAAAAAUUGUAAA